GAAACCGACAGGCUGCGUGGAAAGAAGGACAGAAAAAGAGAGAGAUUUUUUCCCCUCUUCUUACAUGGAGCUUUUCGCCGCAGCAGAGCAGCUGAACUGACGAGGAAGAGUCCGCAGAAAUGGCCAAAACGCAGGAGGUCGAGCGCAUCGCCAAAAAGCUGGAUAAAAUGGUGCACAAGAAAAACACGGACGGCGCUCUUGAUUUACUGAGGGAACUGAAGAACAUGAAGAUGUCUCUGGAAACUCUGCAGUCAACCAGAGUUGGGAUGUCGGUGAACGCGGUGAGGAAACAGAGUUCAGAUGAGGAAGUUCAGACUCUGGCCAAAACUCUCAUCAAGUCCUGGAAGAAACUCCUGGAUGGUGCAGAAGGGAAGCCUGAUGAGAAGAAGAAGGAAGGCUCUCUUGUGAGGUCGACGUCUACCUCCAAGGACUCUGGCUCCACUGAGAAGAGCAGUGAGAAGUCUGUGGAGACCCCGACCGUCCCGCACCGGUUCACCUCGUUCCCCCCCACCCCCGUUACUACGGACAACGUGCGGACCAAGAGUCGAGAGCUGCUGGUGGCGGCUCUGCAGACUGGAGAUGACUUCAAGGCCGCUGGAGUUGACUGUGAACAUCUGGCAGCACAAAUUGAGGAACGGAUAUUUCAGGAGUUCAAAUCCACAGACAUGAAGUACAAGACGCGCCUGCGGAGCCGCAUCUCCAACCUGAAGGACCAGAAGAACCCGGAGCUGAGACGCAACGUCCUGUGUGGGAGCAUCGCACCUGAACGCAUCGCCUCCAUGACGGCUGAGGAGAUGGCGAGCGCAGAGCUGAAGCAGAUCAGAGAGGCUCUGACCAAAGAGUCCAUCAGAGAACACCAGCUGUCUAAGGUCGGAGGAACCGAGACAGACAUGUUCAUCUGCAGCAAGUGUCACGGCAAGAACUGCACGUACACGCAGGUCCAGACCCGCAGCGCCGACGAACCCAUGACCACCUUCGUUCUGUGUAACGGCUGCGGCAACCGAUGGAAGACUUUUUCCAUUGUUUCCCCCCACCGCCCCUCCUUCCUCCUUCUUCUUCAGUUUCAUCGACUCGUCCUUCUCCCUCCUGCUUACGUCUCCGACCUCUUCACUUUCCCUUUCGCCCCCCUCAGUCUCUCCACCUUUCCCUCCAUAUUAGUGCUUCCUUUCUUUUCCAGUCCUUCAUCCCUCCCUUAUUUAGCUGCUGGCUCUGGGUCGAGGUGAGCUGACUGAUUUCACUCACUGAUCCUCCGAUAGAAAUGAUCAAAAAGCCGAUUUUUAGGAAUUGAAAUAACCCACCAGCUGGAUGUUAAUGUUAUAGUUGGACAGUUUGUCACAGUUUUUUUAGUGCAUCUCUUAAGCGGUUGAGACUGCAAAGGUUGAGUUUCACUUCUGAGUCUCAGAGCUUCACAGAACUGCUUCUUCUGAGUGAAAUUGUUUUAAUUAGUUCAGCGUAUUAAAUCUGAGAUAAUCACUCCUAACCUGCAGGUCAUCAGCGUUAUUCUAGUUCUACCUGAAUGUUCUUAGACGACAUGGAGAGUCUUCUGCAAGAAAAUCAACAUUUCUCAACAUUUUCUAUUACAAAAUGAAGGCAAAAACAUUAAGGAAAUGUCAUAACCACAUUACAUGAAUGUGUAUUAGAAAAAUUUCUGUUCAGUGCCUGACAUUUGCUGCGUUAUCACAAACUUCAGCACACAGUGAACCUCCAGUAAAAUCUGCAACUAUCCGAGACUUCCUCUCAAAACUCUAACUGCCUGUUUGAACAGUUCAAACACCAAAUAUAGUUUAUAUAUAUAUAUAACUGUCUUAGCAGUUUCAAGAAAAUUAAAAAUUUUCUUGACAAACUUUAGUAAUUCGAGUUCCAAAAGUUGUAAGUUUUGAGACUCAGAAAUUUCCAAAGUGACUGAAAUCGGAGCUGGUUGGCAGUAAUUUUAGAACCGAUGUCUCUGGUUUUAUUUAACUUUAACUGCACCAACUUGUAGGUGCAGUUAAUUAGGCGAACUCUAAUCACCCCGUUUUCUCUUUCUCU